UGGGGUGGGGGGGCGUGAUCUGUUUCCCCUCAUCAUGGGCCGGGAGUGGAUUGUGGAGUCCAAUCAUUUAUUUAAAACAUUUAUAUGCCGCCCAAAACGCAAGUCUCAAUUAGUUAGUUUAUUAGCAUGAGCCUAUUAUUAUUAUUAUUAUUAUUAUUAUUAUUAUUAUUCUGCAACGAUAUCUAUAACCAUUGACAAUAAAAUUCUGGCAUCCCAGGUCCUUGGGAAGGACUCGAUGUCUGGAUAAAACAAACCGGUCAAUAACACCUGUCUGACUGUGUAAACAAGAAAUAAUAAUAAAUAUUUUUCCUCUAUUAAGUUGAGUAAUUACAUAGGCAUAGUCUUUAUUUCGGUCUUUGACUAGCAUAACAGCAAAAUGAACAAAAAGAAGGCAGUUAAGACAAUCGACUCCUACAAAGUCAUAAGGGGAUCUCUAUAAAAAUUACCUAAAAACUUAGCAGGGGGAGUAGAAGAAGCUAAAAGUUAAGACUAUGAACCUAAAACUAUAUGUAAAAAUUAAUCAGCACUGGCAUCAGAAUGAUACUGAGUCUAAAGGGGGCCAGGCAGGAAGAUGGUGUGCCGAAUACAGAACGGUGUUAAAUCUCAUUCUGUAUUGUAUUCUAUAGGAUGUAUGGGCAACCGCAUAUCCAACAAGUGGACACAGCAUGCAUACAAUUGAAAAACCCCGCUGGUUUCGUCUCACGCCAAGAUGACCCAGGCCGAAAUCAAGCUGUCUUCCCUCCUGCUUCGCGAACAUUUUGGCGAGAUUGUGGAGAAGAUCGGCACGCACCUCAUCCGCAUGGGAGGCCAGCCGUUGCGGAUGAUCGCCCACCACACUGGGAUGUCUCUCGAUCAGGUCCGGAAGGCCCUCUGUGUCCUGAUCCAGCACAACAUGGUGACCUACCAGCUGCACAAGCGAGGCCUGGUGGAGUACGAGGCCCAGUGCGGCCGCGUGCUGCGCAUCCUCCGCUACCCGCGAUACAUCUACACGGCCAAGACCCUCUACAGCGACACGGGCGAGCUGAUCGUGGAGGAGCUGCUCCUCAACGGCAAGAUGACCAUGAGCGCCGUGGUGAAGAAGGUGGCCGACCGGCUGACGGAAACCAUGGAAGACGGCAAAACGAUGGAUUACAGCGAAGCCUCCGCCACGUUUGUGCGCCUGGCGGACACUCACUUCGUGCAGCGAUGCCCGCUAGCCCCUGGCGGGGUGGAGCCUCCGGACACCCCGCCUCCUCCCGCGCCCACCUUGGAGUUUGACGAGAAGGACAUGUAUACAGUUCCGAAGCUGAAUCUUAUAGGAAAGGGGAAAAGGCGGCAUUCCGACAAUGAGGAAGAUGAAGGUGAACACUCAACGAAACGGCAGAAGCAAGACACAGAGAACAAGGAGGCUCCGCCCGACGAUGGGAUCUAUUGGCAAGUCAACAUGGACAGAUUCCACCAGCACUUCCGAGAUCAGGCCAUUGUUAGCGCAGUGGCCAACAGAAUGGACCAGACCAGCAGUGAAAUUGUGCGGACGAUGCUGCGAAUGAGUGAAGUCACAACCUCCUCCAGUGCACCGUUCACCCAGCCGCUCUCUUCCAACGAGAUCUUCCGGUCCCUUCCGGCUGGCUACAACAUCUCCAAGCAGAUCCUCGAUCAGUAUCUCACUCUGUUAGCAGACGAUCCACUGGAGUUUGUCGGGAAAUCGGGCGAAAGUGGAGGCGGCAUGUAUGUCAUCAACCUUCAUAAAGCUCUCGGAUCUCUGGCUACCGCCACACUAGAAUCCAUCGUACAGGAAAGAUUUGGGUCCCGCUGUGCCCGGAUCUUCCGUCUGCUUCUGCGGAAGAAGCAUCUGGAACAGAAGCAAAUCGAAGACUUCGCCAUGAUCCCUGCCAAGGAGGCAAAGGAGAUGAUGUAUAAAAUGCUGUCCACAAACGUCGUGUCACUGCAGGAGAUCCCCAAGACCCCUGACCACGCCCCUUCCCGGACGUUCUACCUGUAUGCAGUCAACACUCCCACGUCGGCACGGAUGCUUCUCCACCGCUGUUACAAGAGCGCGGCCAACCUCAUCGAAAGGCGGCUGCAUGAAACCAAGGAGAACCGGCGCCUGCUGGAGAAAUCCCAGAGGGUGGAAGCCAUCCUUGCCUCGAUGCAGGCCACGGGUGCGGAAGAGGCCCAGCUGCAGGAGAUUGAGGAGAUGAUCACGGCCCCCGAACGCCAGCAGCUGGAGAGCCUCAAGCGCAACGUCAACAAGAUCGAUGCCAGUGAAAACCAAGUGGAUGAGACGGUCUUCAUCUUGGAAUCCUAUAUCAGCAGCACCGUGAAGCACUGAGCAUCUCCCGGCCAGCUUCCAGAUUCUCAGAUCACUGUUGUGUGCAUCUGCCUCUCUCUCCUCCUCCUCCUGAAAAUGGACUCUGUCUCCCCAUCCUGGGCGAAGCUGCUAGGCGGGCGAAGAAAACGCACCCAGCCACUUCCCCAUCGCUCUGUAUCGUUAGGCGCAAAGAGAAAUAAAUCUUUUAUCAACAUUA